UCUCACCUAGAGCUGUGUUGAAUUCUCAUCCAUCACAAUGAGCAACAAAUUCCUGGGCACCUGGAAACUUGUCUCCAGUGAGAACUUCGAUGAUUACAUGAAAGCUCUGGGUGUGGGGUUAGCCACCAGAAAACUGGGAAAUUUGGCCAAACCCCGUGUGAUCAUCAGCAAGAAAGGGGAUGUUAUAACUAUAAGAACUGAAAGUACGUUUAAAAAUACAGAGAUCUCCUUUAAGUUAGGUCAGGAAUUUGAAGAAACCACAGCUGACAGCAGGAAAACAAAGAGCAUUGUAACCUUGUCAAGAGGCUCAUUAAAUCAAGUGCAGAAAUGGGAUGGCAAGGAGACGACAAUAAAAAGAAAGUUGGUGGAUGGGAAAAUGGUAGAGGAAUGUAAAAUGAAGGGCGUGGUCUGCACCAGAAUUUAUGAGAAGGUCUGA